AUGAGUCGACCAUACAAUAAGAAACGCGGCGGUGGCGGCUUCCACAGUCCCUUUCCCUACGUGCGCGCGAACAACGGUGUGAUGGGUGCACAACCUGGGGCGCCAAACCGUGUGGAGUAUCGUGGAAAUCAUCAACACAACAAUCGACGUGGAGGCAGGUAUGGAGGGACCCGGGGAGGUAGUGAAAGAGUCGUGGAUAGCCAUAUUGCGGGUGUGAUGAAAACGCUCCUCACUCUUCUGUUUGAAAAGUCAGCCGGCUGCUUCAAUACCGAAACUGGGAUGCUCAACAUAUCCGAUAUGCGUGGUAGUCCUGAUCUCGCGUCGGCUUCAAAGAGCGUCGACUUCAACAACGUCGCAUUUUGCCGGUGCAUUGCCGAAGUUCUGCGCAAGCAAUUUGGUAACCAAAUUCGCUUCAUAGACAUCAGCAACAACCAGAUUCGCAGGCUGACACCCUUCCUUCAAGCGUUAAUGGAGGUCAACAUUCACGCCAGUAUCGCUGCUAUCAACGCAGCUAACAACGACAUCGAUGAUCUCUCCUUCCUUGGACAACUCAAGGAGUUUCCGCUGCUUACGGAGUUACUUCUCACGAACAAUCUCGUAACGAAUCACAAGGACUAUCGUGGCCAAAUCCUUCGGACGUUGUCGAACUUAACUAUGCUUGAUGCUGAGCCUGUUAAACGAAACCUGCUGAUGCUCCCCAACCCUCUCCGUGCGCCCUCGCAGGGAGAGCUACAUUUGCAGGUUUUGGAUUUCCUCAAUCGCAACCUCCUGUCUGUGAUGAACUACGGGGAAAUAGAUCAAAUUGUGCCACUAUAUGCGCAAGGUGCAGCUGCACUGUCGAUCAGCCAGAACGAAGCGCUCUGUUCAUCGCGGUUGCCCAUCAAUGUAGUCUGCCGCACUGUCGACCUUUCAAAAGUUAUGCGAAAUGCAAUGCAGGCUGAUCUUACUGCGGCACGCAAAGCGAUUAAUUGGCGAAAUCUUCUCAGUAACACUUCUUGCAUACGUAAUGUAGCCCAAAAGCCUUCGGAAAUCAGGAGCUAUCUCAGAGCGUUUUGUGGUUUUGGCUUAGUCCCAAGCUUGCAGUUCUGUCAACUCAUCAGCGCGAGCGCGUCGGUGAGUGUGUUGGAGCAUGAAAUGAAAGUGCGUAUUUAUGUGGUCACUCUUCACGGCAGGAUGAAGUACCUUUGGAACCCAGUCGACUCCUCCACUGGCAAUCGCGUCUUUCCGGAGGGGAAGGAACCAUUCGUGCCGCGCCACUUCGACCGCACGAUUGUGAUGGUGGAUACAAACAACACAGUAAGCAUCACGAAUGACAUGAUCUUCUGCCGUCCUAAUCACGGAGUGCUGCCGGAUGAAGAUAAUUCGCUCUUCUUCGCCGACAGUGAUGAUCGCGUGGAGCAGAUGCGGCGGAAGCUGCUCCCCGGUGCGAAUUGUGAGGUGAUGAAGCAUCUCGUCCUGAGCUCCCAAAGCGACUACGCGCUGCAGAAUUUGGUGCAGCAGAUCCUGCAGGCGGGUCCUCCUCCGGAAUCCCUCCACUCGGUGGAGGCUGUGAAGAAUAUGUUGCAGCUUUAG